UGCGGUGUCGCGCUCAAGGUUCCUAUUUCCAUCGAAUUUCCAUCCGCUUCGGUAGAUUUGGUGGUGAAAACGUGCGGGAAAACUCUAAAAGCAGAGCAGAAAGAAGCAAACAACCAAAAAAAUACACCCAGUGGAAAAGAUGACAACGGCCGAUGUGAAGAAAAAGUGGCAACAUUGGUUUACGGCCCUGAACUGGAACAGUGAGGCGGUGCCGGGGGUUGGGCUGCUGACGGGCGAAGCCGUCGUUGCGACGAUGACACGCGAGCAACCCGGCGGCGGCGGCGGCGGCGUACCGAUGAUAGGAUACUGGGAAAGUUCGCUGAAGAAUCUGUCCACCGAGCAGCGCACCGUCUUUACCGUGUUUUCGAUCAUGGUGAUGGUGAUGGCCAUCUUCGGGAACAUCGUUACCAUCAUCACCAACUUGCGGCGCAAGCAGCGCCAUUUACUGCGCGUCUGUCUGCUGUCGCUUGCCUUCUCCGACAUCGCCUUUGUGACAGUCACCUCGAUCGUAUAUCUUUCGCAGUUUAAUACGGAAUUUAAUUCACUUUGGACACUGGGCGAGCUGAUGUGCACGUUUUCACCGUUUCUCCAGACGAUGGCGGUGCUGGUGAACAGCAUCACGCUCGUCGCGAUCGCCCUGGAUCGCUACAUGGCGGUAGUGCGGUUGAUGAAGGGAUCCUGGAAACCGAACGGAUGGUUCUGUGCAACCUGUGCCGUGCUCAUCUGGGGACUGGGGGCCGGUAUCUCCAGCCCAAUGCUCACACUGUACGAGGUGUUUGACAUCGUGGUGCUUACCACCGACUCGCUGCAACCGAAUGCGGUCAUCAGUGGGUACUAUAUGGCCGAAAUAUGUGCCACGGAUAAGGCCAAGAAUUCUUACUACUUUGCCAUCGUCUUCACGGCCAUCUUCCUUCCGCUGCUGCUGGCAUUUGGUUGGUUGAAUGGGGUGAUUGCGAAGCAAAUCUGGAUCCGUCGUAAUCCGAUCGCUGCUCGACAACCACCACCACCACCAGUAGCAAAGGAUGAACACCGGGGCCCAAACCCAAAGUCCACCACGAUCUGUGCUAGCAGCAGUGACCGGAAGACGCUCUCCACCAACGUCAGCACUCAUCCCAUCGUCGAACGGAGAACACCAGCCUCGGUGUUUGUUUCCAAAUGUACUUGCCCACAGCAUAACACAGGCCCCGAAGGACCUAGCAUAAUCGAUUCGGGCUCGGUAGAACCGAGGGCUGCUCCCCCGGCCCCGCAACCGGCGAACGAGGCCAGCAUGAACCGUCGCAAGCGCCAGCUACGCACCUUCAAGACGAUCAUCGUGCUGAUGCUGGUGUUCUUCGUGUGCCGGUUGCCGAUGUGGAUCUUUCUGCUGAUCAAAAUGAUAGGCGUUGCCAACACGAACGCUUACUGGAACCUGCACUACUCGUUCGGGAUACUGGCCAUGCUCAACGGAGUACUCAAUCCACUCAUGUACACGUUUCUCGGCGAGACGAUCCGCUUUACGCAGCUCAUCAAGGCCUACUGCGUGCGGGUUUGGGUACAACCGUGUCGCAAUGGCCUACAGAAGGUGCGUCGUACUCGAACUGGCGGUACCGGCGGCGACGAUCGAGCUGGUUUGCGAAAACCGACGAAGGAACGAGACAGCGGGCACGAUAAGGGGAAUCUGGGUGACGCGGGCAUCUAUAUGGGCGAUUGAUGGAUGCAUGCAGGGGUUU